UUGGUGGUAGAUCUGAACUUUUUUUUAAAUUUUGAAUGGCGAGUUCUGUUGAUGUGAUAUCGUCUUGUCUUCUUGGCAUCGCCGGCGCAGAUCUCCGGCGACCGGCGAUCCCGACAACCGUGGAGCUAACCGUAUGGGAUCUGGUCCAACUUUGGCGCGACCCUAUCCGGGAAGGGAUUCUAUUCACCGGCAGCCCCGGCGGCGACUUCAUCGAUCAUCUCAAAAAUUCACUCUCCUGCACACUCGAUUUCUUUCCGCAGCUCUCGGGCCGCCUUUGCGUCGUUAGAAAUGACGUCGAUGAUGGCACCGAGUCUUACUUCAUCGAUUGCAACAAUGCCGGAGCUGAAUUCAUACAUGCCGUUGCACGUGGAGUGUCCGUGUCCGAUGUUGUCGAGCCCAAAUACGUGCCUCGGAUAGUGUCGUCGUCUUUCUUCCCGAUGAAAGAAACUUUGAACUGCGAAGAGCUUUGGAAGCCUUUGCUGGCCGUGCAAGUGACCGAGCUCGACGAUGGAUUCUUUAUCGGCUGCACGAUUAAUCAUGCCGUCGCCGACGGGGCGUCUUUUUGGCACUUCUUCAAUUCGUGGUCGGAAAUUGCCCGUGGCUUCGACACGAUAUCGAAAGCCCCGGUUUUUGAUCGUUGGUUCCCGAGAAAGUUUGUUGAUGAAAAUAGUCGGAUCCGUGUUCCACCGUCAGAUAAAAAUCCAACGGCCGCAGCAGCUCCUCCUCCGCCCUUGAUCGAAAGAGUUUUCCACUUCAGCAAAGAGAGUUUAGCCGAGCUAAAAAAUAAGGCGAGCCCGGAAUCCGGAUGCGCCGCGAAAAUUUCAACGUUUCAAGCUCUAGCAUCUCAUUUAUGGCGAGGCGUCACACUCUCACGACAUUCAGAAAAUAUUAUUUCAGAAGAGCCGCAACUGUUUAUUCUACUGGUCGACGCAAGAGCAAAAGUGCCGUUGCCGGAUAGCUAUUUUGGCAACGUGAUUCAUCCCACUUUCGCGGUGCUUACCAAGCAUGAACUUCUACACAACGGGCUAGAAUUUGUCGCCGGGAAGAUCAACGAAUUGGUUAGUCGACAGACGAGGGAAGCCGUGAUCAAGUUUGUGGAAGAUUGGGUCGAGAAACCGGUGAUCAAUAGAAAGGGGUCGGUGAAAUUUGUCAUUGUUGGUUCGCCGCGCUUUGAGGUCUAUAGCUGCGAUUUUGGAUACGGAAAACCGGUCGCCUGGAGGAGCGGCGGAAAGCAGAAGUUCGACGGGAGGGUGACGGUUUAUCCGGCGGCUCAAACCGGCGGCAUCGAUGUCGAAGUUUGCUUGUCGCCGGCGGCGAUGAAGGCCUUGGAGGAUGACGUCGAGUUCAUGGAAGCCGUGACCAUUUGAUUUGAACCAUUUUGCUUGUCAAUCGUUGAUGUUAUAUAUAUAUUUUUUUUUAACGACGUGGGAAACUGCUGCCGCUACUCGAAAGUGCGCAUUGGAUAAACUUCGAUCGAACCUAAUAUCCUGCAAACUAGGCCCGACAAGCAAGUCAUACUAGACGAACCAUGUGUGACAGUUGACCUGAGCCGUGUUGAUGUUAUA